UUCACUCAACCUCAUCUUGUCAUGUAAAUCCACAGAAGAGAGCUGUCUUGGGUGCCUCAAAGGUCUGAGUCUCCUCUCACUUGAGACUAACACGGGAUUUGAACAGGGCCUGGCAUAAGGAACCUCCAUGACCCAGAAAGAAAAGAGAAAAGACCAUAGGAAAUCUCAACAUUAAGUGAACUGAUAAAGACCAGGGGAAUGCACAGCGACUGGGACUGGAGUGGAGGAGAAACUGUCAUUUAAAGGACCCAGACCAUUUCUUUUGGACAUCUUUUGGACAUCGGAGCUAUUACUUCCGAUAUGUCCUCACCUUGGUUCUAAAUUACUGUCCUCCAAACUGCAGCCUGAGUCCGAUGAGUGAUCCUAACUCUGGGAAAGGCAAAGAAAGAAUAUUGACUCAUAUCCGAGUGUAAAUUUCACACAGCAGAUUUGUUGGAAUUCAAUUUAUGACACUAAAAGAGAAAAGAGCAAAACAUCCAUAAGAAAGAGAGGGUAGCCCCAUCUUCUGGUUCUGUGAGAGUUCAACAUCCCGUAGCAGAUCUCCUGGUGGACUCUGGGAUGACAGCUGAUCUACUGAGCUUCCUGCUGUUGCUGAUCUUCUCCCUGCUGAGGCUGAUGAGAGGUGACAAGGCUGUGUCCCACAUUCUCAUGGAUAUGGCACCAGAUUCCUUUGAUGACCAGUACCAGGGUUGCCAUGAGCAGGUAAUGGAAGAACUGGACCGAGGAGACUAUUUCCAAAAGGAAUUGGGUAAUAAUAAGAACUAUUCCAGCAUCUGGGAGAAAGCAAAGCUGGUCUGGUCAAAAAAGCCAAUGGCUCUGCUAAGGGAGAUGCAGGAGAACCACGCUGUAGCCCUCCUGGCUUACACCAUGAACACCUCGCUGCACUCUGAUUUGAACUGGGCUGUGUCCAGAGCUGGGACAUCCCCAGAGCACUACAGACACAGCUUCCCCUUCAAAUACCUCCACUUCUACCUGACUACAGCCAUUCAACUGGUGAGGAGAUGGAAGAGUGGCACCACAAGAAAAAAGUGCUACCAGGUGCACCGGGGGGUAAAAGGCCUGUAUUUUGAGGCGGAGUUGGGCACCAAAGUGCGGUUUGGCCGCUUCACCUCCACUUCACUCCUCCGGAAGGAAGCCCGGAGAUUUGGGAAUGAAACAAUAUUCACCCUGAAGACUUGCUUAGGAGCAGUUGUGCAACGCUUCUCCCACUACCUCUCCGAGAGGGAGGUCCUCAUCCCACCCUAUGAGAUAUUCCAGGUCAGAAACUUCAGCCGAACACCAAGUGGUAACUGGCUGUAUCUGCUCUCUGUGGGAAAUUACAGCCAAUACAACUGCCAGCUCCUGAAAGCUUCAAGCAGCAAGAACUGUAUCCACAGUCCUCCAGUCGCUGCCUUUCUUUCUUGUGUGAUCAGUGCUUUCUUCUACUCCACCAGGCAAUGACUCUUUCCCUGAUCACAGAAGGAUUCAUGUGCUGCGUAAAAAGGAAUGAGUGAUGGGUGUGAGGGGUUUACAGCUAACCAGCCACAGAGGUGCUGAACACCUCCUGCAAUUUUACCUCUAACUCCCCCUGACUUCAAUGAGUUAAGGGUGCUCAGAAUUUCAAAGGAGGUGUUUAAUCCCUAGCAAAAUCAGGCCCUUAGGUGUUCAUUCAAAAUAGGGAUGUAAAUAGGGUUUAAAAAUAGUAACUGUUUAACCUAUUAAAAUUCUAUUGGUUAAACUGUUAACCGUUAAGCAGUUCACAUAGGCAGGGAACUAGGGGUGGGGUUGAGGGUGCUGCAGCACCCCCACGUUUUAUGCGGGGCUCCACUGCCGACUGCACCCGGGAUCCUGGCUGCAGGCCUGGGCGCGGAGCUCUGCUGCCUCCCCGUGCCCAGGGUCCUGGCCCCAGGCCUGGGGUCCUGGCCGCCUCCCUGGGCCCGGCAUCCUGGCUGCCGGCAUGCCGGCCUCGGGACCAGCAUGCCACUGCCGCCUGCCCAGCACCUGGGGUCCCAGCUGCUGCCCCAUGCCCGAUACUCCGCUGCCUCCCCAUGCCCAGGGUCCCAGCUGCUGGCUCUGUGCCUGGGAUCCCAGGACCCUGGGCGUGGAGGGCAGAGGAGUUUAAUCGUUAACUGAAACCAAUAAGACUGUACUUAUCAGUUAACCGGUUAACCAGUUAAACUUUUACAUCCCUAAUUCAAAGUAGGAAGAUAAUGGGUCUGUGUGCUUACUGAAGGGCACGGCAGAGACUCCAGUCAAUUUAGGCACCUAGUCUGCAAGGCUUUGGAUACAACCAUACAGUAGGAACUCUUGAACCACUAUUUGUAUUAGCAUUUUUUUUGCAGGUCUCAGUAGGUUCUCUUGAGUUAGUAGUAAUAGCACCCUCUGGUGGCCAAUAAGAAAACACCAGCAAAUUCUUAUGAAGGUUAAUUAGAAAUUGUAGAGCCUAUUGGGUUGUGUCCAUUUUAAAGAGAGGUUGAUGUUAUUAAAUACAUAUAUAUUUAUAUUGCUCUGUUUUUUAAUUUGUAAUAUCAGUGAUAGAAUUCACACCCCAUACUGAAUUCUCCUUCCCAGUUUAACUAUGUUCUUUCAUAACUUUUAAAGGUUAAUUCAGCAUUCCUGCAAGGCACCAAGGCAAUAAUUCUGAAAUCCUCUAAUCCCACAACAGCUGUAGCAUGUUAAUGCAAAUUUCCCUCUCAUACUGCCUCCCUCCAAUAUGCCUGGAGGGACCACAUCUUGGAGAUGAGAUUGUUUUUUAGCUUCUGUCCCAUUUUGUCCUUGGACUGAGCUCAGACUACCAACCAGAUGAUAAAUUAUGAUAAUUUAGUUUUGUAAUGUAGACAUCUGACCACCAAGUACUGAACUGAGAUUCACUAACACAUUCUAGAUAGGCUACAAAUAGCCAUCAGGUGGCAACAAUUUUCAGCCAGUAACUAUCAACCUGAGCUGGCAUGGAACUGGUGAUCAAAAGGCAAGAAGUUCCAUAUUCUAUGCGCCAU